AUGUCUGCGCCCGAUUCCAACACUCUCCCUGACAUCACCGGAACUUGGAUACUGAACCGGAAGCACUCAACCGACCCAGAGGAGGUCUUCGCUUUGCAAGGCGUCCCUUGGAUCAUCCGCAAAGCCUUGAAACAUGCUCGACUUUCCCUGCAGCUUUGGCAAACCACGACCGAUGCAGUGUCGGGAGGAGAAACGGACAGCACUAGUUCCAGCGAGUCGGUCACAAGGCUUCGUCUGAAGCAAGUCGUCAGCCCCGGUAGCUUCGACAGCGAAGGGGCUUAUCCUGUAGAUGGAACUCCGCAAGAGCUUUCGUUGCCGAUAUUUGGGGACUUGACUAUGCGCUUGCAAUUCAUCAACACUUCGGACAUCAUAGAAGACACUCUCCGAGAGAAGUUGAUCAAGUCAAGUAUAAACGCGGAGGUCAUUCAGGAAAUAGCCAAGAACACUACGAAGGGUUGGGACGCUGAAGUCAUUUGGGGAUUUGAGGAGAUUGAGGGAAACAAGUAUCUUACUAGGAACAUAAGCACCACCAAGGGUAAUGAUAAAGUUAUUGCUCGGAUGGUCUAUCACUUAGAGAAUUAA